UCUAGAUUCACAGGAUGUGCUGGUAUAUGUAGUAGACUACCGGCGCUUUCCCGGUUUGAGUACUGGUUCGAUCUGAGGCCUUUCGCUGAUCUUUUAGCGAAAGUGCACACGCUCCAUCUGCUCCCCAACCCUCGCUCCCUCGCUCCCUCCCACCACCACCACCAACACCACCACACACUCAAUCCUUCCAAAACGGCGAUCCUUUAGCUACGGCACCAUGGGGGUAGACUAUCAUGAUCCGGGCCAACCGCGUCUUCGAGAUGUUCAUCCCCCAAUGCGGCUUGCCCUGGCGACGCCGAUCUUCAUUUUCGCGGGCGGGGUGUUCGUGCUCUUCGUCGGUAACAUGUACAUACAACUCCAACAUCGCCGGCGAUUACGUCGGAUACUCGAGAGUGAGGACGACGAGCAAGAUCAGCACGCGCGGAGCGGUGCGCUCUCGGCCAUGCUCAACAAACAUGUCUUCUAUGCGCCGCUGCUGUCGACUCGGCAUAGUCGCGAGUUUCGGAUCGGGUGCUGUCACAUGGGGAUCAUCCCGCUGCGGUUCGAGGCCAUUCUAUUGGUGGUAUAUAUGGCGUUGAAUGGGAUCUUCUUCGUGGCGACGGUUGACUGGUGGGCCCACUGGGAGGAGGUGAUGUACCAGCUGCAGUAUACGACCGGCACGCUGGCCGUCUUGAAUCUGCCGGGAUUGAUCCUCGCCGCCGGCCGCAACAAUCCGUUGAUCCCGCUGCUGGGCAUCAAGUUCGAUACGUUCAAUCUGAUUCAUCGGUGGGCCGGGCGACUGAUCGUCGGAGCGUCGAUCUUGCAUGUUGUCUUGGCGAUUAUUCCCCGACAGAGGGAGCUGGGUAGCUUGUCUGCCAUGGCGUAUGUUGUGUGGACUACCCCAUUCUUCAUCUAUGGUAUGACGGCGUUCAUCGCAUUCGCGGCCAUUCUCAUCCAGUCGAUCUCGCCCAUCCGACAUGCCUUCUACGAAGCGUUCCUGCAUUUACAUAUCCUGCUGGCCAUUGCAGCGUUGGUGGGACUGUGGUAUCACUUGCGCGGCAUGUCGCAACAGACGGCGAUUCUGGUGACGCUGAUCCUGUGGGGGUUUGAUCGAGCUGCACGACUGGGGAUCAUCAUCUGGCGCAACGUAGGCAAGCAACGCACGACGGCCACCGUCGAGCUGCUCCCCGGAGACGUGGCGCGCGUCAGCGUCGCGCUCGCGCGCCCCUGGACCUUCAAAGCCGGCCAGUACAUGUACCUGUACCUGCCAUCGCUGGGACUGUGGACCUCGCACCCGUUCUCCGUGGCGUGGACGGCGUCCGACCACAACGUACUGACCGAGAAGCGGAGCUCCAACGACUCGAUCAACCGCCUCCUGGGCGGACCGCAGCAGACCACGAUGUCGUUCCUGAUCAAGCGCCGCGACGGCUUCACGGGGAAGCUGUUGUCGAAGGUGCACAAGUCGUGCGACGGGAAGUUCCAGGCCACGGCGCUCGCCGAGGGGCCCUUCGGCAGCCUCCACUCGCUCGCCUCCUACGGCACGGUCCUCCUAGUCGCAGGCGGCAUCGGCAUCACGCACCCGAUGUCAUACCUGCACGAGUUCGUAAAUGGAAUUACCUCGCAGACGCAGGCAGUGCGUCGGGUGACUUUAGUCUGGGUGAUUCGGAGCUUAGACCACCUAACCUGGAUCCAACCCUGGAUGACCUCCCUCCUGACGCACCCCGCCCUGCAAAUGGCCGCAACCCUGCAGAGCGAAACCAAAACCAAGCGCGAAUCCUACUUCCAAUUCCCGGACUUUUACCUAUCCGUCCAGAUUUACCUGUCUUCUGCCGCCCGAUCCUCCUCUUCUGGCUUCGGAGACACCAGUAGUCCCGAAGACUUCCUGCCCGAGGAAUCCCCCUGGACCGCCACGGCCGCCGUACCGGUGCAUAUCUGCCACGGGAAACCGUGUUUCGGGGAGAUUGUGGAGGUCGAGAUGGCGCAGCAGGUCGGCGCCAUGGCGGUUAGUAUUUGUGGGCCCGGCGGGAUGGGGGAUGAUGUGCGGGAGACGGUAAGGCGGGUGCAGGGGAGGGGGCUCCGGGUGGAUUUGUUUGAGGAAAGUUUCUCUUGGUGA